UAUUGUCUCCGUUUCUGGCGUUGUUCAUUCCACUCGAUCCUCCAGUCAUGGAGAUGUAGUGUAGAGCACCCUAUACCUCCGAGAAAUUCCAGUAGCUACGGCCGACAAUUACCCUUCUACUACUGCUGCAAAAAUCUACAAAUGGCGCUGAAACUGUUCCCCAUUCCGUUCCCAAUCUUUGCUCCCCCACCAAACUCACACCCUUCUCCAGCCCCUAACGCGAACCCCGACUCAAACUCGAGUCUAUCUAACCGUCCAGCUUCAGAGGUCCGGUUCGCGCGGUGGAACAACGCUAACGCCGAGAAAUUCAAUGAAAGACGGCGCUCUCUGAAGGAAAUCGAGGACGAUAUCCGACGACAACGACGUUUUACUGGCGUCGAUAGGAUAGCCAACACCUAUAACCCUGCACCGCCCAAACCCAUCACCACCGGCAAUACCACGGAUUAUUACAAAUCCAUAGGUACUCCUUCGUCUCCCUCCUCUCCAUCCAUCCCUGGCAAAAAGUCCAAAUACUCUAAGGAUCCCACAAACCACCCAGCAUUUCGCUAUCUUCAGAAACCCAGAAAUAUAUCCCCUUCUCGCAGCAGGAACAACAACAACGGUUUUGCGACGACAGCACCACAGCCAGCAAUUGACAGGAAAGCAGAAGUCAAGCUUAGUGAAGAUGGACUAACGUAUGUAAUCGACGGCGUGCCUUUUGAAUUAAAGCACAGUUACACCGAGACCCCGAAGGUGAAGCCUCUGAAGCUUCGAGAGCCAGCCUAUGCUCCGUUCGGGCCCACCACUAUGUACAGGCCAUGGACGGGGCGUGCCCCGCUAUCACCCAGUAAGAAGAAGUUGAAAGAGUUCGAUUCCUUUACGUUGCCGCCACCUCAUAAGAAGGGGGUGAAGCCAGUACAGUCGCCCGGACCCUACUUGGAUGGGUCGGGGCCCAAGUACGUGUGGACAAGGGAUCAGAUACUGGGAGAGCCAUUGACGCAAGAGGAGAUUAACGCAUUGGUCCAUGGGUGCCAAAAGGCGAAGCGGCAAUUGAAUAUGGGUAGAGAUGGUUUUACUCACAACAUGUUGGAUAAUAUACACUCACACUGGAAACGAAGGAGAGUAUGCAAAAUAAAAUGCUUAGGAGUUUGCACAGUGGAUAUGGAUAAUGUGUGCCAGCAAUUGGAGGAAAAAACUGGAGGGAAGGUCAUUUACAGAAAAGGAGGGGUGCUAUACCUUUUCCGAGGUAGAAAUUACAAUUGGAGAACUCGGCCCCGCUUUCCUCUUAUGUUGUGGAGGCCUAUUACCCCUGUAUAUCCAAGGCUAGUGAAACUGGUGCCAGAGGGUUUAACAUUAGAAGAAGCAACUGAACUGCGCAAAAAGGGACAUGCGCUGAAACCAAUAUGCAAGCUAGGGAAAAAUGGUGUUUAUAUUAAGCUGGUUAAAAAUGUCAGAGAGGCCUUUGAAGAAUGUGAGCUGGUUCGAAUAAAUUGUGAAGGAAUGAAUGGCAGUGAUUAUCGAAGAAUUGGUGCCAAACUCAAGGAUCUUGUCCCUUGUGUGAUAAUGUCAUUUAAGUAUGAGCACCUACUUAUAUGGAGAGGAAGGAACUGGAAGUCAUCCCACCCAGAACCAGAAGACGACAACAAGGAAGCUGAAGAAUCCAACACUGAGAGUGUAAUUUCCAUCACAGCAUCUGCAGAAGGCCAAGAUUCAUCAGCAUCAAGCAGUCAAGUUCUUUCAUUUCAAGAUAUGAGCACUAAUUUACUUGACACAAGCACAUCCCCCGUGGGUUCUGACAAGUGGAGAAAGGAUCUAUGUGCUUCAAAAGAAAAUAUGUCUGAGACAGCUUUCAGUGCUAUUUCAACUGUGCAGGAGGAGAGAAAGGAAUCCACUUCAGACAUUGCAGAUUGUUCUGAUGAUAAAUUGGAAGCCAUGACAAGUAAUACCGAGAGUACUAGCAUUUCAGCUUUCAUGGUUGGCGAUAAUGAGCUGUCCAAAGAUUCACAUGAUUCAUGUGAACAUGGGACUACUUGGAGUGAUAUUCAAUCCACUACUGGUGAAUCAACCGGUUCACCGCUGGUGUCUGACACCAAACCAGCUGGUGUUCGGAGCAGAGAAAAUGAGUUGGAGUCUUCUGUUGCAGGUUCUUUAAAUCAUGAGAGGUCGCAAGAUGUUUCUGGGAAUCCUGAAAAGUCGAGUGUAGCUUACACUGAGGGAGUCUUGAGGCUAUGGAGGCAAGCUAUUGAGAAUGGUAGUGCAGUUGUAUUGGAUGAUGCUUCUUUGGACGCUGACAUUGUUUAUUGGAAGGCCAUGAGAUUUGCCCAGUCUGCUCCACCUGGGCCUAUCUUUGAGCAUCAUCCAAGGUGGGUGGCAAGUCAAAAAGGUGAUGAGAAAGAAAGUAGUAGUGAUUCCAAAGUGAAGGAAGUUCCAACUGUUGCAAAGAAGAACAAAAGUAAAAAGGACUUGAAGUUGAACAUUGAAAGAAAAAUUGUGAGGACAGAUGAUUUGGAUGGACAAUAUCUUGACAUAGUCCCAAAAGGAUGUCUAGGGGUUGAUGAACUUGCUAAACUAUUAGCAUGAUCAUGUUAGCAAUAUUGGAGAGGAAGUAUUCAAUAUAGCCAUUGUUGUUAUAUGAAGUCUGUAGAGUAGAUUAUGGUUCAGCUCACUAACGAUGGUUCGAACUCUGAAGUCUUCUUUCAAUCCAUAUUGAUACAAACUUGAAUAAAAGUUUCCAUCUAUUUCGCAUUGAAUCAUAAAUCAGUUUCAAGGGUAGGAAGUGAUAGUUCUUCACAUAUUAGGAACAUAUCUCAGAAACAGAACUAAAAGACUUGCUCUCACAGGAUAUUUAAUGAAAUUAUCUUGAGAACUUCUUUGUUGA